AUGGAUUCAACGAUUACUUGUGAUUUAAAAUUGUGUCUGUUGUCUACUGGUGACCCACCGAAUCAGCAGUCAACAUUUACUCGCAGCUCAAACGGAGCUAACGUAUACAUUAACAACAACACAAAUGCGCAUAUGAGCGUGCUAAAUAUUCCGACAUGGCCUAGGCAAGGUACAGGUGUUCCAUUACACCUGAGUCCAGCACAAACAUGCAACAACAUUGCUAUCAACAAAGCUAACAAUGGAGGCGCCAAAAAACCAAAGCGUGUGAGAACAGCAUUCACUAGCAAACAAAUGGCGGAACUAGAGCAAGAAUACAUUCGCACAGAAUACGUAGACCGGGCACGUCGCUUGGAGCUGGCGGAAAUCUUACAGCUCAACGAGAGGACUAUAAAAAUAUGGUUUCAGAAUAAAAGAAUGAAUGAGAAAGAGAUUUUGACGCAGCACUUAGAAGAGUCUGAAGACACCAGCACAACUGCUUCUUCGCCAGAAUAUCACAAUAAUACAUGCAAUGUCCUAAUGGUUACUGAACGAAACCAACCAGCACAACCAUCUUCGAUCGUACCGACAUAUGAGCCACAAGCGUUACUUAAGUUUUCGACAGCAAAUGGAAUCGUUGCCAAUUCAACAGGAGGUCCCGGGACAGAGCUCCAACAAUUAAAGUUAUAAGAGCUUGAGGUUGAUCAGCCUAUUGGAAAUUCAAUGCAAGCACCUUGAACUCAUCCUGGAUUCACAGCAUGAAAACUAAAAAAUUUUAAACAUGUGAUUCGAAGUAUUUUAAACCUGACGCCAGACUACAGAUCGCAGUAGCAGUGUCGCCUAACUGCAAACGACAAAUAAUAUUGAUUCACAUAUUAAAAUAAUCGUUAGCAGUGGAUUCAAGGAUUACUUGUGAUUUAAAAUUGUGUCUGUUGUCUACUGCUGACGUGACAGUGCUAGUGUUACAAUUGCAUAAGAUUAUAGUCGUACGCAAUAUUAAUGAAUUGAUUGGUUAUUGGUUUUAGUCAAUCGUACCGUAUGGUGUGUGAACUACGUUAAUUUAAGUUAAUAGAUUGUGUGAGCUACUUUAAGAAAUUUUGUAAAUAAGUUUUGACUUGUAAUUGUAUCAAAUGACUUUAGUGGUGGUGGGAAGUGCUAUUUAUUUACAUCAUGUAGUAGCUAUAGAUAAACUUCAUCUUACAAUCAUCAGGAACAGUCUAAUCAAUUCUCUACGAUACCCGUAACGGAAAACUCCAUACUCAAUAACACACAAGCACAACAACAAGCACACGAGAAGAACAACGCAAAUGGCGCAAAUG